AUGGAUUGUAAUAACAACUAUUACGACAAUCAUAUCAGUUUCAACUACAACAAUGAGAGUUGCAAUAGAGACCUAGUGACUCUAUUAGAUGGUACAAACCUCCCCAAUACAAACGUAGGUGAGGAUCACAACAUCAAAUUGGACAAUAUUUUACAAGAUUUGUUCAAAGAAGUUGAUACAAGUACGUGUAACUUGAGCGGAAAAAGUAGUACUGAUAACGACGAUUCUACUCCAAUCAACAUACAUAAAAGCAAAAAAAGGAAGAGGAGAGGUCGAGAAGAUAACAAAGAAGCUGUUCGAAGAUACCGUGAAAAAGUUAAAGCGAAAGAAGCCUUACUAGAGGAAGAGAUUCAAAUGUUACAAGAAUCAAAUCAAGAGUUACUUAAGAGACUAGAAGGCGAAGGUGCAUUGCAAGCAGAGAUUACGUGGCUUAAGUGUUUGCUCGUCGAUAUAAGAGGGAGAAUCGAAGGGGAGACUAGCUCUUUUCGGUAUGGUGGACAACCCUACACAAGUUGUUAUGAUUAUGAUCAAAGGUUGACAUACGACGGGUCUUAUGGCAUUGGUGGAAGUAAUGAGAAAUCAAAUUAA